AUGGUGACAGUAGGGAUAAUUUUGUUCGUUUUGCUGCUUGCUCUGCUGAUUCUCUUCUUCCUGAGACAAUUUUGGACCCGAAGACAUUUGCCUCCUGGUCCUUUGGCUCUACCUUUCAUUGGGACCUUGUUGGCCAACGGGAUUGGGCUUCAAGAAGAUGUUCUGCUCAAGCAUGUAAAACGAUAUGGAAAUAUAUAUUCCAUGUGGCUCGGACCUUACCUUGUGGUAGUGCUGUCUGGAUUCAAAGCUGUAAAAGAAGAAAUGACCAAGUUCUCUGAAGAAUUCUCUGAUCGGCCAGAUGAUCCUUUCCUGACUGCUUUAGGAAAAGGAAAGGGAAUUAUUCUCUCCAAUGGCCACACCUGGAAACAGCAGCGACACAUUGGCCUCACUUCUCUGCGGAAGCUGGGCCUGGGGAAGAAAAGCAUUGAGCAUAGAAUAGAAGAUGUUGCUCAGUCAUUGGUAGAUGUCUUUAGAGAAACAAAUGGAGAGCCAUUUGACCCUUCAUUUCCAGUACUAAAUGCGGUUUCUAACGUCAUAUGCGCAUUGAGUUUUGGACGCCAGUUUGCUCCUGAUGAUGAAAACUUCCAGAAGUUAAUUCAAUCCCUUGGUAUUAUUGUGCAAUUCACUGGCGGCUUUUUUCAUAUGGUCUAUGAUUUGUUCACCCCAUUAAUGAACUACCUCCCAGGGCCUCACAAGAAAGCCCUUGCUGCUACAGCCUUUACCCUUUCCUUUGCAAAGCAAGAAAUACAGAAACACAAGGAAUCCGGCUCACCCCAUGAACCACAAGAUUUCAUUGAUUACUAUCUUCUUGAGAUGGAGAAGAACAAGAAUGACCCCGACUCUACCUACAAUGAAGAAAACUUGGCUCAGUGUAUUUAUGAUUUUUUUGGUGCUGGAACAGACACAUCCUUUGUUUCUAUGAAGUGGGCACUGCUCCUCUUGGCAAGUCAUCCUGAUAUCCAAGAGAAAGUCAAGAAGGAGAUUGAAGAUGUGUUUGGCUUCUCACGGUCAAUUUCCUAUCAGGAUCGGAAGAAUCUGCCCUACACCAAUGCCGUGAUUCAUGAAAUGCAGCGUUUUAAGUAUGCCUUGCUAUUCGGGGUUCCUAGGCAAAGUAAAAAGGACGUGAAGAUGAGGGGAUACCACAUUCCAAAGGGGACCUUUAUUGCCCCAGACAUGCGCUCUGUUCUUCUAGAUCCUGAACAAUGGGAGAAACCUAAGGAAUUCAACCCAAAUCACUUUUUAGACAAGGAGGGGAAGUUCGUUGAACGGGAAGAGUUCCUAGCAUUCGGAACAGGUCUCCGUGCAUGUUUGGGAGAGCAGCUGGCAAGAAUUGAGAUCUUCAUUCUUCUGACCAGCCUUUUGAGGGCCUUCAGCUUCCAGUUGCCUGAAGGAGUAAAGGGAUUCAACGAAAAACCUGUUGUAAAAAUAACAUUGCCUCCCCAACCUUACAAGAUAUGUGCUAUUCCCCACAAAUCUUAA